AUGGUCCAAGAAGCUGAUGAUGAGCCUCAUAAGAUAGUAAGCGAGUCUAGGGCGGAAGAAGACCAAGUUAUGGUCAACACCGAAGCCGAUGUGGUAGAAGAAGAGGCCGAGCACACGGCCGAGGAAGAAGCUAAAGAGCCAUUGGAAAAUCUCGAAGGUUCGGUGGUCGAAGACGAAGAGCUUUAUAGGGAUGAUGAGGAGUAUGCUGAUGACGAGUACCUAAAGGAUCUGUCGGAGGAAGCUAUAGAACACUUAGAGAAAGAGCGCAAUCAAGAGAUGGCCAAGUUUGAGAAUGAGCUAAAAGUGGGCAAGGUCAAAGUAAGUUUGGAUACUUUGACGAGGUAA